UAAAAGCGCAAGUAAAAUCGACGCUCUGACGCUUUAUAUUUGCUUGCAAUUUGGAACUUAAUAAAAAUAUUGAUGGAAAUGGACGACAUAUUGGACGAGUCAACGUUUAAUGCCAACAUAAGACGGACUGCUCGAUCCACUCUUCUGCGAGGACCUGAACAGUCGAUUCACAAGGAGUUGAUCGAAUACGCAGCGUCCUCUUGCCGAAUGUUCUACAUUCAGGACGCUUCCGCCUGGCAGGAAUGGGCAACGACAAAUGACGCUUUUCAGGACCUCUCCGCCCAGGAAGUCUGUAAAAUAUUCCUGACCGACGUACUGCCCCAAUUGGACACUUACGAACUCCCGGAGAAGGUCAAGGAACGCUUGAAGCUCUUGGACCUGCAUCCAUUCUUCCGACGCGUUGACCAUGGCUAUCAGUAUACUCCCGAUUGCGGCCUGGCAAGUCGAUUCGUACUGCAACCGCAAGAAGAUUUUCUUCUAACUGGCGAUAUCCAGAAAGCCAAGAAAUGUGAGUCCGAAGGAAGAUCCCAAAUCGUGCUUAUAGACAACGAAGAAUUAGAGCGAAAGACCUGUGUUGGGUACAACAGCAAAAUCAGUCACGAGUCAGCCGUUUUGUUUUCGGCUUUGCUUUCCACUGAUCAGGAGCUUUCUAUUGGCCAAAUGCAUGAUCUGGGUGAGAUUCACCAACGAUUGCGACAGGCCAAACAGAAUUUCGAGGACCGUGCCAGACUUACACCAUUCCGUGAAAACUUUGAUGGUCUAACUAACGAUGUAGAGGUCUUCGCUAAUGUGAAAUCAAAACUUUGUAAGGUAAUGAGUGAUCUUAAGAAGUAGUAGAGAAAUUAAGUGUUACUUUUAUUUAAUCUAUUUCAUCACUAUUACGAAAACUACGAGAUUUUAAUUUCCAAUUUGGUUUACCAUUUAAAAGCCCACAUUUAGUGUAUUUACGUUAACUCUUCUUUAUUUACAAUUGCUACAAGCAUGUGAACAUGGAAAAAUAAUCAUGUGAAUGAUUAAAUUGAAUGAAAAAAAUUACAUCUUAUUAAUUUGUAUUCGUUACAACUCUACUUUGUCUUUGUUUGCUAUAUAUGGAUUAAAUUUUGCAGGGCAAAGCGAAAGAUAAUUGGAUAUCGAUGCUUAACUAUAUAUAAAAUGUUAACUUAUUAGGGCAAUUCAUGUUUUGAAUGUUAUAACUUAUAACCGUUAAUAAUAACUUUAAUAAAAGGUAUAACCGUUACGGUCCCUCUUUUUAUUAUAUCUUCGAAUAGCCUCUUAAAGCCAAACAGAAAGAAGACUAAAUGGUAAUGUUAGAAAAAUCUAGGUAUUCCCUCAUUGAAUUAGCUUUCCAGAUAGUAAUUUAAAAAAAUAUUUAAUUUACUAAAAAAUGAUAGA